UGCCAACGCCCAGUAAUACCACAGAAUGGAUGGCUGAUUGGUAUCAAUUUUGCUCAUGGUGGCGAUGUAAGAAUUGUUUGCAAAUUUAAGAACGGAACUCUUGAUCUUCGGAGAUCAUCGAAAAUAACUUGCAACCAUGGUGUCUGGAGUGGUCCUAUACCGUCGUGUGAAGGUAAGGAUCGUUUUGUUAAUGUUGAUUCAGAAUGUGUUGUGCUGAGUUAAUACGCCGUUAUGAGUCAUUGAUAACAUUAUUUUUGCCUCAUUAGCAUCUUGCGCUCCCUUAAAAGCACCCCGUGAUGGCAAAAUACAAAACAACGAUAUUAAACAUAGUACGUUAGUCUUCUUUUCCUGCAAUGACGGGUUUCAAAUGAAUGGCUCAAGAAUUCUCAAGUGCAUCGAUGGAAAAUGGAAUGGCAGCGCUCCCACAUGCAAAGGUUUGACAACUUUUCCUUCUUUUGUCAUUUUUAUCCCCUUCAUCUCAUUGGUUUGUACCUUUUCUUCUUCUUCUUGUUAACAGCAACCUCAUCAAAUAAUGCUUACUUAUACUUAAAAGUGGGAAGCAAUCUAUAUUUUGAGUACAGAAGCUUAUUGAUUAAAAUUUAUGCUGGACAGAUAUUUCAGUAGACACAGAACCCGUCUUAAUUUAUGCAGAGCAAUUAAGCAAUGCUGAGAUGAAAGUCGUCGUAAUUUGGCGAGGAACAAAAAAGAAAUGUUAAAGUAAUUGGUUACAGGAAAUAUUUCCUAUGGUUUUAAGACACAACUACUGUAACUGUGCAGGGUCGACCUUUCAAUUGAGGAGCCGGCAGGUUCAAUUCGUAGCAAGGGGCUGGGAGUUUGGUUACGACAAAGGCUAUUCAAAUGGAUCGAUAUAGCUUUUAAGAAAGUUACGAAUAUCGGAACUUGUUAAACAUGCUACGUGCAAAGGGACGCAACAUUGUAGGCCAACAACUCCCAACAUUGUUAGAUGAUACAUGUUGCGUCUGUUUGCACUCCCUGUUGCAUCUUGUUGCGUGUUGUUGGGAGUUGUUGAGCAAAGUUUGAAACCGGUCAAAAUUUAAGCUAUGAGCAAACGGACCCAACAACUUGGCCAACAAUGCUGCGACUGUUUGCACAAGACUAAAUAAUGAGAUAAAAAGCUCAAAAAAUAAUACCCCUUGUAGAGAGCAGACUCAGUGUAAAAAAUUGCGUUGCCCUGUUCUUCCAAUACUAGCAGGUCACCAAUAUCUCUGCUCCUUGUUCGUCAGUUUCGUUUUAUUUAACCGCCUCUGUGUCGUUAUGGCUGAGAUCGAGNUUUUUAUCUUCUUGCCUUACCAUAAAUUUCACAUAUCGGUUCAAUCCUGGCUUACCAGGCAACGACAUCAAUUGCGGAAAAGUUAGUAGUUGUGUUUGUGUAGAAUUAGCAGUUUUUUGUUAAGGUAUCUAAUUUAAGUGGAAAGCAAUCUAUAGUGUGAGUACAGAAGCUUAUUGAUUAAAAUUUUAGCUGAAUAGAUAUUUCAGUAGACACAGAACCCGUCUUAAUUUAUGCAGAAUAAUUAAGCAAUGCUGAGAUGAAAGUCGUCGUAAUUUGGCGAGGAAAAAAAGAAAAGAAAAAAGGUUUGAGUAAUUGGUUACGGGAAAUAUUUCGUAUGGUUUUAAAACACAACUACUGUAACUGUGCAGGGCCGACCUUUCAAUUGAGGAGCGGGCAGGUUCAAUUCGUAGCAAGGGGCUGGGAGUUUGGUUACGACAAAGGCCGUUCAAAUGGAUCGAUAUAGCUUUUAAGAAAGUUACGAAUAUCGGAAUGCGUUAUACAUACUACGUGCAAAGGGACGCAACAUUGUAGGCCAACAACUCCCAACAUUGUUAGAUGAUACAUGUUGCGUCUGUUUGCACUCCCUGUUGCAUCUUGUUGCGUGUUGUUGGGAGUUGUUGAGCAAAGUUUGAAACCGGUCAAACUUUAAGCUGUGUGUAAACGGACCCAACAACUUGGCCAACAAUGCUGCGACUGUUUGCACGAGACUAAAUUAUGAGAUAAAAAGCUCAAAAAAUAAUACCCCUUGUAGAGAGCAGACUCAGUGUAAAAAAUUGCGUUGCCCUGUUCUUCCAAUACUAGCAGGUCACCAAUAUCUCUGCUCCUUGUUCGUCAGUUUCGUUUUAUUUAACCGCCUCUGUGUCGUUAUGGCUGAGAUCGAGGGCCGCAUUACAUUGUAAAUAUCUAAAGUUCAGGCUGAGUUUUCCGUGUAGAAUAACUUCAUGUGUCAAGUCUCUUAUUGACAAAAACUCAUUAGACAAUGACCUGAUAAUACUGUAAACCUGAUCAUUGGCCAUGUGCAUAAUAUUGAACCAAACGAGAUACAAGAAACAACGAAGGGGAAAAGAGCAAUAUCUGCUUUAGCUCUUUGAAGCGGGAGCGCUUUCAACGAUCUAUUGGCAGGGAAAAUCGUCCAUGCAAACAGACAUUAUACAAUGGACUUACAGCGUUUGGGUCAAUCACAGUUAUAAUAAUCAUUGCAUAUUUUCACCUACAAUUAUUAUAUUUUCUGCUGUGGAGCGAAAACCGGGAACUUUAUCUAGUAACAAUGGUAUACCUAGAGUAAUAAUUUUUUGGACUUUACUAAUUAAAAAUAAUUAGAAUAGAAAAACAGAAAUUAGAGCUGUUUUAAACACCAUUAAUGACUGCUGACAUAUUUCGUGUUUUAAAUGUGCAGUUAACUGCUCUUUAAAUAUUUUGUUAUGAUUUGUUUCAGAAUGUGGAAGAGCACUUGGUAUGGAAAAUUAUGACAUUAAGGAUUCUAGAAUCACUUCACCUGCCAGGCGUUACUUUCGUCGGCAGCCCAGUCAUGCUCGUCUCAAUGGAAAUUACUCCUGGUGCGCUUUAGGAAAGACGUACUUACAGAUUGACCUCGGUAAAGAUUAUAAGGUGACGUCAAUAGCGACCCAGGGAGGUAGUAUGGAUACAGGGCACAAGUGGGUGAAACAGUACAAAGUCGCAUUUUAUGCUGGAGCAACACGUGUUAUGUACAGUGAAUCUGGACUAGAAAAGGUAAGAAAUCUCAAAAUAUAUUGUAAGCCACAUAUAUUCAUUUCUUUAUCAUAAUCAUUAUCAGUGUUUUUCUUUCUCUACCUUCCUUUUUACUUAUUUAUUGUUUGUACGUUUUACAAGUUACAAAAGAUUUCUUAUGCAUUGCGACACUAUGCAGGUCUUUUUAGAUCCUCUUUUCAGGUUUUCAGGUAUUUAAACGUUUUUUUUUUAAAUUUUUUUAGGUAACUAUCAUCACAAUAGAAUAGUCUAAAAUUGGAUUUUGUAAUGUACAUUACUAGAGUGAAUUUACUUGACCCGUGAAACAGAUACGAACUACUAGACAGUGCAAAAUAGCAACAGGUAAGCAAAAGUGGACAACGGAAUUAGUGCAUAAUAGUGCGUAGUAUUCUACUACCUAUUUCACGGGUUAGGUAAAAUCACCCUUAUGUGUUUAAUAGAUGUUAUUCCCCUUUGCUAUUUAUUCCAUUUUCAUUGUUGUGUUUAAGGAAAGGUCCUUGUUCUUUUCAUUAAUUUACAUCGCCAGGAGCAGGGACCUUCUUCGCAACCCUUCUUUGAGUAUGUUUGCACUGGUUGCCAGGAGUUGGCAUUUCAACCCUUCCAGUAUUAUUACCUCUGCUCACAUGUUCAUAACAUGGAUGUUGUCAUCUUUUUCCUCAGUCUAUACGGGGGAAUAGAGACGCCUUUUCUGUCGUGAAAUACCAGUUGAAGGAGCCUUUUGUGACCAGAAAAUUGCAUAUUUCCCCUGGUUGGCAACCCCAACCUUUCUGCUUAAGAGUGGAAAUAUAUGGAUGCAAUCCUAACCCUGGUAAAAUAUUAUCUUUGUAGCUUUAUUCUGUUCACUCAUCUGACAUCACGCAAUACGGAAGUAAUUAGAAUAACAAAAUUGGUAGAACUGAAUGGGAGUGCACACCCGGUAUCCAAACAUCGCAUUCCCUCUCAUUCCCAUGUUAGACAUUUUUUUUGCUAUAUCGAGUCCUUAAAUGACGAUUAAAUGAACAUAGAAUAAUUACUCAAGUUACGCCUAAACGGUUGGGUUCCCCUUGUACGAGUUAAGUCCCAAAGUAGUACAAUAGACAGCCACUUUAUUUAUUAACUCAAAAUAUUUCGCCGUUUCUGAUUGGCUCAAAACAACUGCUAAUUAUUCAUAACCAGAUGGCACUGACCAAAUGUGGAAGAUACGAACAAUACCCAAGCAACCUUAUUUUCAGGCAAAUAUUCCAUCGAUCUAUCUCGUUUCUAGGUGCCGCAGCCUAGCUGUAUUACUAAGUGAACUACAAAAACGGCUAUCAGAAGACGAGAUAGCUUAAUUUCUGGCUUAAACUGAAUGGAAGUAAUGCAAGAAUACGCAAAAGUUAUGUUGCUAGAUGGAUGUUAUUUCGUUUUGAAAGUAUCUGCAAGAAAUUAAUUACAAACAUCUUCUAAAAUCCUUAAUACUGAGGAGAAAUAGGCUUCAUUUAAAUGAACAAAAAAACAAUAAAUUAAUUUGGCUCGUAUAAUUAACAAUUAUUCUUUGAAAUCGAGGUGAAUAGUGGCUGAUCAUUCACGGCGAGGUAAAUAGUCCUUAAGCCACUAUUCACCGAGAUUGAAAAGAAUGAUUGAUAUAGUAUUUACGCACGAAGUGAUCUCAACAAAAUCAGAGAGAGGAAACCAUAUUUUUAAGUACGAUUUAAUUGGCGGAUCAAAUCACGCGAAAAUUUAAAUUUAGAUCUUUGCAGAAUUUUCAAACAUGGCAAUUUGCAAGUGUAUCACUUCCCAAACAACAGCGUAAAGGCUUUAAUGGAACUGUUAAAAAUUUGAAUUGUUUCCUUACCUCAGAAGAAAAGUAGACCUAUGUUGUUUUCUGUUGAUUCGCCAAGUUUAUAGCCAAAAAGGUUCUUCGCGUGAGGUGCUGACAAAAAUGGCGGCUCCGUUGCUCGAGGUAAGACGACGUCUUCCUGUAGCAUUCUUUUUUCUAUUUACUUGAAGCGUAGAAUAUCUACAAACAUUUGCUCUCAAAUUUGUUUGUCAUAAAUAAACUUAUAUUUUUGGACCAAAUUUUUCUUUGUGGGAAACGCUGAGUUCACGAAACGGCCUCUUCUACCCGAAUAAACGGGAGUGGUAAACAAUACAUCGAGCACAAAACUCAGCUACAGUAAAUGGAAAAACGCCGUUUUGAAUCCUUCGAAGUCUUUUCUUGCCCUGUAAAAAGACUUUAAAAAGAUCGUUCUCUAAAUAAUUGGGAAAAACACCGAGUUCCCACAUUAUCCACUCGCUAGGAAGGGAAUAUUUAACAAUUAUUCCUCGAGCCCCAAUUUGCUCUGAGUCAAUUUGGCCUCAUGGGCUAUUGACUCAGAGGCCAUGAGGGCGAGAGGAAUAACUGUUUUUGUAAAAAUCCAACUAGUUGAUCAAAAAUAUCGCGACAAAACAACUUUAGCUAGUUAAAGCUGGACUUUAAGACUUUUUGCCGCCAAAAAGCCAGCACUCUGCGCUCCUAGUGGGCUAUAACAUAUAGCCUAGUAGUAGCUCAACCAAUCAGAACGCAGCAUUGAUAAUAGACCACGAGCUGGAUUUUACUAAUGUUGAAUAGUCCGAGAUAGCGCACCAAUAAGAUUGCUUAAACCAACAAGAUCACUGGGUGUGUAUAUACUAAUGUAAAUUAUGCAGAACUCGGAGGCUUUUAUCCACCCCGGCCGAUAACAUUCUCCUCGAUUAUCCCCAUAAUUUUUCAUAUCAUACUCAGCCUGGUUCUAUAUUUGUCAAAUAAAGCUUUUUACAGGUUGUAUCCCUGAUACCAGUAAGUUAACAAUCUCAGUUAUCACUCCAUCCAUAAGUUCUCAGCUUCUCUCUACCUUCAAGGUGCACGUGACAGGAAGAAGAGAGACCCUGGGCAGGAGAUUCCUGUCACUCCAAUUAAGAAAAGUUUAUACUGGCAAUUAGGGUCUUGGAAUAAAAAUAUAAAUAAGAAAAAAAUAAACAAAUAAGAAAACCACAAGUGCCACUACGUUAGUAGAAUUGACUCCUGAAAAUGCUUUGGAUACUGCUGUUCCGUAUGUCUCAAUUACUAAUUGAUCCAUUUGUUGUUGUUUUCUAUCUCGCUCCUUUAAAUCCUUAUUUAAUUUUAAGUAGCAAUUACAAUUGCUUUAUUUACUGAUUUUUUUUUCAGAAUGCAUUCUACCUGGUUCCAUGUUUUGGGGAUUAUGGUCGCGAAAUGACAACUCACUUAACUACUACAGAGCUUUUAUCACAGGAAUUACAGCCAGUCACAUCAAUUUCCUUUUACAAAUAAACAAUGCUCAGCGGCGCAGUUACAAGAGGACUGAACCAGUGCUCGUUAUAGAUGAAAUCCCAGAAAUGAAGGAGAUCUCUGUUAAUUCAUCAGUUAUUGCUGUUCACAAUCCUAGUAUGCCAGAAUGGUAUCGCGCUGGUAAUGUGACUGGUACUAAUGAGGGUUUAUCCUUCGUAACUGUCAGGUUUAAAAAUGGGGACCAGAAACCGGUUCCGCUCAACCAACUCCGGUUGGUGAAAAGACCUAAAUUUUGUGUGGAUAAAGUUUGA